AUGAACAACUUGAAGAUUUUAAGAUGUUGUUACCUCAAAGUUUUUCGAAAUCACCACCUUGUUGCUAUAGCUGAUGCUUUACCGUGGCUUGAAAAGCUCAGUAUUCAGCAUUCCAGCAUUCCUUCUUAUUAUCAACGAGGUUUCAAUUCUAAGAGCGCUAAGUACAUUGUAACCAAUGUUGGGAUCGAGGUAAUCUCACGUAAGCUUCCAAGGUUGCGUAAAAUUGAUAUAACAGGGCAGCUUGGUUGUUCUGAUCGAUCUCUCAUUGCUUUGUUAUCAAAUUGUGAGCUUUUGAAUGUAAUUCGAGGACGCUAUUACUCUUUACCGGAUGAUUUGUUUACUUUUGAGAAUUCCAUGAAUUUUGCACAAUCUUUACGCGAUCUUCGCAUAGAUGCAUACGAAGAUCACGACCGUCUUCUUGGUUCCAUUUCAACAGCGGGCAUUUCAUUAGAGAAGAUUUUAAUCUACGAUGAUUCUGGUUUAAGCUUUCAUGGACUCUCGAAUUUCUUGAGUGCUUGUCCAUCUUUGAAACACUUGCAACUUGUUUCCAUAAAUUUCCUCAAUGACAAUUCCGUGAGGGAAUUAUGCCGGUAUCAAACUAAUCUUGUGUCCAUAAAGCUUGAUUUUUGUUUAGACAUAACUGCCACAACCUUCUUCAUCCUUGCAAAAGAAUGCCCUCUUCUUUCGGAAAUUGAACUACAGGAGAUAAAGCUACCAGUUGGAGAUGAUUUUGACAUGGAAUUAGAGAGCAAUUAUCAAAUAAUAUCUUUGGAAUUGAGUCAUGUUGGGCAUCUGAAUGAUGAAUUUUUGAGAAAAAUAGGGUUUGUUUGUCCCAACUUACAGACACUCAAUGUUACAGGGCUUAACAGAUUGACAAAAGAGGGGAUUGGGGACAUUUUAAAGUGCUGCUCACAGAUUAAGCAUUUGAUAGUGGACAAAACUAGAGAAUUGGGUAUCUUCUUGGAGCAAUUCAAAACUCGCCACAUUAAAAUUGAACACCAUUUCAUCCGAUCUGGUCUAGAACUCGAACUAUGGGAAGAAACGUACAAGAAAAGGAGAAAUCCAGUACUGAGUAAGAAGCCCAUAUCUAACCCCACCCUCAAAUGCCCUGUUGUUGAGAGAGAGAAUCAAGAGUCGAAGAAGGCCAAGGCAGUGAAAGUGAAAGUGAAUGUGAAUGCUGAUGGGGUUGAGGACACAUUGAGCAAGACUACUAUUGCUACUACUUGUACUACUUCUGCUUCGAAGAAGGUGUUUUUUCAGAGGCUAUGGAGUGUUGAUGAUGAGAUUGCGAUUCUCUAA